UUUUCCGAUUUCCUUUGAACGAAAAACGAUUAGCGGGUCGCUUUUCCUUGUGUUUUGCUCGUUAUUUAGGUCCGAUGUUUAGGAAGUCAUGGUCUUAGCAUGACCGCUUCGACUCCCAUGCUUCAUGGCUCAGACUUGGAUGAAUGCUGCACCAACGUGUUUGCACUGACUGAUUUAUGUGGGUUAAAAUGGCGAAAGUAUGUUUUCAGUGUUACAUGCCAAGCCAACCCUUUGGAGGAUCCUGUGUUGAAGUCAUUUUCAGCUGCUCUCAGUCAUGAUAUCCUUUGUGCGUGGCGGAGGUGCCCUUUGACAGGUUGUCAAUCAGGUGGUGAUCCAAAGAGUAUCAGUGGUGCAAAGGAAUUGUGGGUUUUCUGGUUUGGUGACGAUCCCAAUUUACAAGGGAUUGUAUCAGCAGAAUUAAAAGAAUCAUGCCAUGGGUGUUGGGAAGACGGGCUGCCUCAUGAACCAAGAUCAUUAUUAUUCAAAGCUUUACAUAAUUUAUUAGAAAGAUGUCUGUUGUCAAGGAAAUUUGUUCGUCUGGGAAAAUGGUUUACAAAGCCAUGUGAAAGCAGUGCAGUGGAGAAUGCAAGCAGUCAUCUUUCAUUCUCCUUCUCCUUCUUUAUCCAUGGGGAGAGUUCUGUUUGUACAGCUGUCGAAAUUCAACAGCAACAAAAGAUACGUCAUCUUACACUUGAAGAUAUAGCUGUUGCAGGGACCAAACAGGAAGGACUUUCAGUUUUACUAGGUCCAUAUGGGCUAUCAGGAUUUCUCACUGGGCAGACAAGCCACAUGGAAGAGAUGGUGUCAGCCAAACUUGUGGAAGAGUGGAAGAAAUUUUAUCCUCUGGACUACAGUUCUGAUUGGAGUGAGCCAGCAAGUUUGUGUCAAGACAAAGGUGUGCCUGUGGCAGUGAUGGUUGUAGUGGAAGAAACACAGAUGUGGUAUCCAUCCAUGUAUGUUGUUGUGCCAUAUGAGAAGAAUGCAAUAGUUGAUGGGUCAGUGCUACCCAAAACUGAUGCAGUGACCUGCUCUGGUCCAACAUCAUUAACCCCUCCGGCAUCUCCUCUUGAUCCCAACUCUACAGAUGUUGUUACAGGUCCAGGAAAUCUGCCUCCAGCAUCUAAUUUAAGCUCUGUUGGAGUUAUUGACAAGAAGAAGCUGACGCAGUCAUUGGUGCAAGAAGUUUGGCAAGAGAUCACAGUCACCAAACCUGCAGCAAACAAAAACAUCUCCCUGAGCAAUAUUUCAAAAUCAGCUCCAACCUUCAUGAAGACAGACAGUUCAGGUGAUACUACCACACCUACAGGACAAUGGGAUUUCGAGGAACCUUUCAAGCGUACUUCCUGUUCUUGUACAUCAAGUAGUAACAUCAGCAGACCAAAGGCGCCAGCUCAAGUGCGGUCAUCAUUUGGUAUUACAAGACCAAUACCAUCACCUAGUUAUCCAUUACCUUCACCACAACAGCAACAACAACAACAGCAACCCACACAACAAAACCAGGGGAAUACAAAGUUAAAAAAAGAAAAGAAGAAACCAUUGGUGCCGUUUCACCAUCGUCAGAGUCUUGAUAAAGAAAGACCUGAAGUACUGAAAAGUCCUGUUGGAGCAAUGACCAAGGGCUUACCUACGUCAAAUGUAUCGACAAGUGUCACUCAAAAACGUCAUCCAGAAGUUGCAUUUCCACAGAACUCAAGGAAAUAUCAAACAACAUCUCUUGUGAACACAACUGGAAUAUCAGGACCCAAAAGUCAUGCGAUAAGUGUGAAACCUGAGGAUAAAUGCUUACAACCUCCAGCUUCACUUCUGAAAGUAAAUUCUUCAAUAGUAUCCUCAAAGGGUAUUGCUAAUAAUCAGGCCGAAAUGUUAAUGAAGGUAGAAUCAAACAAUUUUGAAGAUUUUGUUGGCUACAAGGAUAGUACUGCUUCAGAAGAUACUGUGAAUAAGUGCUAUUCUUUGCCUUCGGAAGGUGGUUUCAUUGUUCCUCUACUGCCCAGCAAUCCUCUGGACUGUCGACCACUUGGUGAACUUAUGGUAUCAAAAGAAGUUUCAACACUAAGUCCACUGGAGACAACUAUGUGGGAAAGUAGUAGGAGACCUUCAAUUGAUGGAGGGAUUGAUUGCGUGCCCUCACCUGCUAAAAGAAGAAGAGAAUCUUCCACGGGCAGAUCCAGGUCAGAUAGCACAGGUGGAGGUCGCCUGAAGGGGCGGAGGAACAGCUCUCAACCAUCUCCAGCAACCACACCCCUUUCUGAUCCAUUUACUCCUCAACCUGAAGAACUGGACAUGGAACUUAUUCCACCACCCAUGAAAUCACCUACACAAGUGAAGCCUCCCUUAAAUAAGCCUCGGCGGAGAAGUAGUGCUACUGGUGGGGACAGUCCAUCACUGCCACUACCAGGAGAGCUGAGCAAACCACCUUCACGUGUGAAAAACAGACGGCAGAGCUCUCGUAAAAAACAACAAGAGGAAAAGGAACAUUUGUCAAAAGAGAUAGAAGAAAUCAAGCCUUGCCCAAUUGUGAACGAAAAAGGAACAUUUCCUAGUUUUUCAUCUUCUGAUGAUGAACAUGAACCCAUUGCUCGCUUACCAACAAACCUUAUGACAGAGCAAGAUCUUGCUGUGACUGUAAAUGACCUUGAUCAGUUGUUUGACACUGAUGAAGAAGAUGAUGAAUGUGGGCAAUCUAAAGCAAAGAUAGAUUUUGGUUCUAAUCAGGUUGCCUCCUUUGAUCCUAUCAUGAACAUAAACACUCCCCAUACUAUUAUGAGCACGGUUGGUGUAACAAAUCAAGACUUGGCACGUAUGUUCCCCACACCCCCCUCUCAGGAAACAGUGACGCACUCUCCACCAUGUUCUGUUGGCAAUGACUACAUCAGCCCAGGGAGUGUGAAGACAAUCAUGCACAAUACAGUGCUUUCUCCAGAAUCACAUCUGAUGCAUCUUCCUGGUGUUGAUGUUGAAAGAGAGAAACAACACAGUCCAAUGGAACUUGGCCCAGUAUUUGAGAUCCCAAAAUGCCAAGAGUUUCCAGUCUCCUACUCCUUUGAAACUGUAGUCAGUUUGCCAGGUUACCAGGAGCUUCCAUCUGUGAUGCAGUACUCACCUUCAUGGCUGCAGGCAUCCCAGAAGACAUGGACAUUUCCAGAAAUCAAAUUGGAGAGCACUGCUGAGGUGUUGAGUUGUGAUAUCACUGUUGGUGCUCCCUCGCCAGCUGUUAGAUUCUCAAGCACCCAUCCUGCAAGUGUUAAUAGUGAUGUCAAACACUUGACCUCUGCUGCAAUGUCUCCAGCUUCUCCAGCAUCGUCAGUGUCAUCAUUUUCUAUGCCAAUGCAAUUUCCGAAGACUUUUCAUGGAAGUGGACUUGUUGCGAAACCCUUGUUCCAAACUCCUCUGCCUGAAGCAAAUUCUUUAUCAAAGGUUCUGAACAUGUCAGACUCCAGUGCGAACUAUUUUAGCGACAAAUGCUACGACAGUGUAAGUCUCUGUUCAUGUUUGACAUCCCCAGAGGGUGUACAAGCCAAAGGGACUAUAAACAAAGGUAGAGACUCUGAUUACUGUGUCUGUGGCUUUGGUGCUCUCGAGGCAGUGAAAUUUACUGCUGGCACAGGUCUAUUUCCUGAUGAUAUCCACUCAACCUCAGCUGAAAAUGUGAAAACCUUGAAAAAGGUUAAUAAUGUUCCACAAUCUGCAAUUGAAGUGAAGAAGGAAGGUUUGGUAGCGCACUGUGUGAGGAGACGAGCAUCGUCGGCCCCUGUUUCCUCACAAGUACCAUUUUGUUUACUUGAAGAGAUUGUAAGUCAGUGUUCCUCGCCUUUUUCCUGUUACAACUUGAAGUUACAGCUCAUGUUCAAGGGUCAUCAUGGAAUUGUCAAACAUGUCUCAGGUGCAUGGUCACAAAAUAAAGGUGCAGAGAAUGGUAUUCUGCAAAAAGUUCCUCAUCCAACUGCAGUUGGUGCUCUCAAUUUUCUUCGUCAACUAAUGCAAGAUGCUCUGCAAAAAUCAACGAGUAGAAAAACUUGGGAGCAGCCCAAUGGAACAGUGGUUCAAGGACCUUUGUCUUGGAAACAACUUCAUCAUCUGGCAACUAAAGGUAAUGAGGAAACACCCCAUGCUCAGCCAAUUCCAUCAGUAACAGUAGGCUAUGGAGGGGACUGGAUGUCCCUUUCUCCUAUUGCAUUACAUUUUUGGGAGAAGCUCUUGCUUGAACCUUACUCUUGUCAACGUGAUGUUGCAUACAUCGUUGUAGCACCAGAGAACGAGUUAGUGCUGAAUAAUGUGAAGCUGUUCUUUAAGGAAUUCAGUGCAGUAUAUGAGACUUGUCGUCUUGGUCAACAUGUUGCUAUCACCAAGGUGCUCAGAGAUGGAAUACUGCGGAUAGGGCAAAAGUCACUAAAACUUGCAAAAGAACCUGUUGAUGAUUGGUUCUCACAUCAAGGUUGUUCGUCUGAUGCAGCUAAACUAAAACUGUAUGCACAGGUCUUCAAACAUCAGUUGGGGCCAUAUCUAGCUUCACUAAAUCUAGAUAGACAUCUUUUGGAGUCAGAGAAGGGAGAAAAAUCAGAUGAGAAAGGACCUUCCAAGUUUGGAUCAGAUGUCGGUGUGGACAGUGCACCAAAACCUGGUAGCACCAGUUCUGGCACUCCUAAUUCAGAACAGACUCCAUCAGUAUUUGGAGAAGAUGAAAGUGAACAGAACAGUGAGGACCCACCCACUGUUGUUGUUUAUAUUGUGAACCCCUUCAGUAACAGUUCCAGAGAGGAGAGUUUCCCUUCGUAUGUGGGGCUAUUGCGAUGUAUUGCAGACAUAUUGCCAGACCUGACAGAAUCUAACAAAAAGAAUGUCGUCUUUCAGGUUGUUCCAAUCCAACAGAUUCUCCAGGUGGAUACCUUGAAUGGCAGUCGUGAUGCAACAUUGACAUUUGUGACACAGCUCAAGUGCUUGGCUUUCUCUGUGUUCUCCAGAUGCCGCAAGAGCUUGCAGUUGAAUAUAAAUGCUAAGUCUUUGACAGGGUUUGGGCCUGCUGCAAGGCAUGAGGCUUUAUUACGUCAAAGAGAGGUGGAGAAUGCAAAAGUGUAUGCUGCACCAUAUGUCCUCUGCCAACCCAUACCCAUGCCUCCAUCUGACUCUGCAGAUGAAAAUGCAACAAGUUUACAAGCACUAACACAAAAUGCCUCUGUGUUAUACUGUGGCUAUUGUCUCUCCCAUGACGACAACUAUCUUCUUGCUGUCUGUACUGAUAGUGUAGGAGAACUCAUUGAAUCUUGUGUUAUAACAGUCGAACCAUGUCUGAGACCUGAUGGAAGGCCACGUAAAACUCCUGCACGGACAAAGGCACUCAUCAAGUUGUGGGAAUUCUGUCAAGGUGUUGUUGCAACAUCCCUUGUGCCAUGGAGGUUGGUGAUCAGUAAACUUGGAAGGAUUGGACCUGAAGAACUGAAGGACUGGAAGGAAAUACUGAGCAGGACGUCUGUUGUGGCAGGGGACCAGAAGUUUAAUGACACCUGCAAAGCAUGUUUCUCUCUAAAACAGAAAAAUCGCCCAGCAAUUCUUGGCACCAGUCUCACGUCAUUGGAACCUGAACCCUCAAUCAGCCUUUACAUGGCAAGAGCCUUACCAAAAGUUAAUGUCCUGUUUGAGGGCAAUAGCAGUACACGUGUGUCAGUUGGUGCUGUUCCCAAACCAGAUGUAUCACGAACAUACAUUGCUGUGAUGCCAGUUGCUUCACUGAAGUGCACCAUGGGAAACCAAUCCAGUUCUAAAAUGCAUGCUCUACCAGAAACUACUACAGAAACAGUCGUAACAGACACUGACAUUUUGUUGGCUGGCGUUGACGAUGAUGAGAAUGAUCAGGAUCCUUUACGGCACUUGUUUCCAUUGUUAAACUCGUCACCACCUCAUCUAUCAUCACCUGGCCAUAUGCUGCCAUCUCCCUUAGACUCCUCACCAAUUGAGGGAACAUCCCUCUUAACACGCCCAGCCACUUUGACAGCAUCCCCUGGAGUGUCUGUGCCAUCUCCAUUCCAACCAAUUUCAAGGCUGUCACCUUUUCAGCCAUUACACUCUACUCCAUCCCCAUCAACUGCAAAUGUAGCUACACUAGAAGUUCAGGAGGAUGGAGAUGACAAACUGUCCGUUCCCUAUGCUCAGGGAUACAUUAUUUCAACUGUACAAACUGGCAAGAUGCCAGGAACAUUUUGGGCAAGUUCUUCACACUCUGAAACUUGUGAUCCUGUCAUUUUGAAGGCUUCUCUUCAUAUACAUAAUCCAGACUUGAUGGAAGGAAUGAAUGGUUUUGUCACUGCAUGGCACCCCCUUGCCACAAAGUCACACUGUCAUGUCUUAAGGUCAAUCCUACAGACCUACGAUGCUCUCUCUUGGUUAACGGUGGACCCUGUUAACCGAGACAGACGCUCCUGUUUACCAGUUCAUUUGUAUAUGCUAUGCCAACUUCAUGAGACUCUCUCUCUUCUUCUGGAAAACCAGUCUUCUUAAUAUGUUUAGAGCCAAGCUCACUGUAUCCACUGUGUAAGGUUUAUUUUAUAAGAUGGAUUUGAAUAACAAAGUUUAAAAUUUCCAAGUCUCUUUAAGAGUGGAAAUUUUUGCUAUCACUGUACUUUUUGGUCUAGUUCUGGUCAGGAAAUUAUACAGUCAAUUUUUUUUUUCAAUUUUCUAUGAAUAAUACUUUUAAUUUAAUAAUUUAAUGAACAGUAAAUACCCUCAAAAAGACUGGAAUGUUUAAUGAUGAUGAAUGCAUUUUAUUUGUACACUAAAUAUGUGGUCUCAG